AUGGACCACUCUUCUGGGUCUGGCAUUACUCCUGGAAAUCAGGAUGGGCGCAGUCUAUUCGAAUGGGAGCGCCUUUAUCCCCAGGCUCCGAGAUCUGUCUCAGUCAACCGUUUUAGUUUGUUCAGUUUAGAUAGCAUCGACUCGGGAGUGGGCCUGCAUGGGCGCGAGUCCCCAAACCCACAAUUCAUGGCCCGGAAUAUGAUUGCUGGUCGAACUCACGUCCCGCGUUCCCUCACGACUGGUAUGAGUCGAACAUACAUAUGCGAUUUGUGUGACGAGUCCGGUCGGAACAUCUUCUAUUACUUUAACGAUCUCAAAAGGCACAAGGAGACGAAGCAUGAGAUCACAGACCACAUCCAGCAGCCAUUAUUGACUGUGGCAAAGGAAGCCGUAUCAAAGACCACGAAUCAGGUUGAGGAGCCAAGUACACCAUCGGAGCCUGGCCACGAUGUACCGUUCUUCUCAAACGCAAGUGUCUGCCCAUCUCAGAGAAUUGACCUCCAGCCGCUGAGCAAAGGCAUUCGUUCACCAUUGGGAAGUGAUACCACAGACUCAGGUGAUUCGGAAAUGUAUGCAGAUGAGGAGUCAUUGUUCGACGAUCAGGAUGCCCAUGUCUAUAUUAGGCGAAAGUGGAAUGAGUCAACCAUCCAGCAGCUGGAGCACAUUUACAAGCAGGAACUAUACUCGCUUGUAGGUUCAAGGGUUCUCCAGCAUUGCAACCCACACCGGGAAUAUGGUACAUCAUCAAGUCAUGUUUCUGCCUGUUCCUUUCAAUCCGGCCCCAAAAACGGGACCUCUUCGGGGAAGAAGAGAAAACGGGAUGAUAUUUCCCACGAAGGCAAUCAUGGUGACCAUGAUGACAGUAACGAUGACGGUGAUGGCAGUCAAGAGCCCUCUAAGCGACUCAAAGCCUCGAAAUUAGAAGACCGAGCCUUACGGUUCGCUUGUCCCUUCUUCAAGCGUCAUCCAGAGAGCUUCCGAAUAUGUGGAAUGUCAGAUCACGAAAACUCAUCCCGGGUUAAGCAGCACAUAAGCCGCAAGCACCGUAUGCCCAUAUACUGCCCGAGAUGCUCGGAAACCUUCAAAGCAGAACAAGACAGGGACACCCACGUUCGUGAUGCCGACUGUCCCGUGGGACCCAAAGCCAACUUUAUUUGCGCAACAGCCGAGCAACUGAGGAAAUUGAGUAGAAGGAACGUUCAUCAGACUGAUCGAGACAACUGGAACGCCAUCUACAAAAUCCUGUUUCCUGACGAUCCGUUGCCUGAGAGCCCCUAUCUUGAUCCCUUCGUUUCAUACGAGGUCAAUCUCGUCCGCGAGGCUUUCCUAACUGCUGCCCCUGUCGCUGUCCGAACUGCUAUACAGCAUGUGAUUCCAGAAGAAUUAACUGAUACUCUGCAAGAGGAACUGGAGCGAAUCCUGCGGUCGACUCAUGCUGAGGUCUUUGACCAGAUCUUGCAUAGAAUGCGCGAGGAUCGAGAAUCCCCGCGAGUGGAUCGUACAACCACGCAAUCAUCGUCGCAAGUCAGAGUAUCGAGCACACCUGACUCUGGUAUUGGAAGCACCAUCAGAUCUGGAAGCAGCCAAGACGAGCCUGAGUUAACUCUAAAUAGCCAAGAUAGGCUGACAUCCUUCGGUAGUGGAUCAUUCGAUCUACAAAAUGACGGCUCCAUACCAUUCCUGCCACUGUUCCCGCAAGGAUUCGACUCAUCCGACUAUCAUAUGGGCCAUGUUCCACAAUCUCUCCCGGCUGGGAACUUUGGUGAUCUUUCCGAGUAUCUAGAACCUUCAGGUGACAGUUUUGUGACGGGUCAAUCUUGA